AUGCACAUGGUGCAUCUGCCGCUUUCGGAAUAUUUCGCACUGGAACCGGUGGGUGCCAAUAACCCGGAAGCAGCGCUGGCCGGUGAGUUGGAUCAGCUAGCUACGCGCUACCGACGGGUGUCGCCCCGGUUCCCCAUGUUCAACCGAGGAAUCACGACCACCCGUCCCUCGGAAUCAGAUGGCAACAUCUGGCUGGAUUUCUCUCCCGAGGUGGUGAAUGAAUCGCUGUAUCGCCUGCAAUCACUGGUUGCUGACUUGCUGGAUCGCAGUGAGCAUAUAUCUGCUCCACGGUCGCAGUACGGCCCGGAUUUCCCGCCGCAGAUACCGCUGCUGUCCCACGCCAACCUUCCAGACUCGGUGUUUGACAGCGCCCUGGAGUUUGCGCGCGCCGUUACCGAUGAGUUGAAGGUGUCGCAGAUAACGAGAGCUUGGCGCAUUGCCCUUACCCGGUUUGAAUCAGACGCCGCCGGCGACGACUGGAGCGGAGGGCGGUGGGCCGCUGAUUUAGGAUGGAAGGCGCUGGGUAGUUUUGGGCUCUGA